AUAUAUAUAGAUAUAGGGUAUGUAACAAUAUACGGACGUCUCUCUCAUUCUAGUGAUGACUGCCAAUGAUACAAGAGCUAAAACUAGGAGCUGUAUUUGCACUAAGGAAUAAGCUUCUGUUACUUUCUGAAAUGGUUCUUUGGCAAGUCUACGUUUUUCCUUUUCUGGUUUUGUUUGAUUGGCUGACGUUGACAGAAUGCGCCAAAGCCGUGGUGGACCUCACGCACGGGCAGGACGUGUCUACAGUCUACUGGCCCGGCAACGUGGAUUUCAACUUCACUAUCACCACGCGAGAACAGACACAAUAUUACUGGUAUGAAUCUAAUUGGUUUGGUACGGCGGAACACGGCGGUACUCAUUUAGAUUCCCCGUGUCAUUUCCAAAAGGGAAAAUGGAGGACGCACCAAAUUCCACCGUCUCGUUUGAUUGGUCCAGGAAUAGUCAUCAACGUGACGUCACAAGCUGCCAACAACGCGGAUUACAAACUUAGCAUUUCUGACCUAGAAUCGUGGGAGGAAAUGCACGGGCGGAUUCCAGAGGGUGCGAUCGUCUUGAUGCAUUCCGACUGGGGAGUCCGCUACCCGAACCGCUCCUUGGUCUUCAACACCAACGAACCCGAGAAACCAUCGACGUUUCACUUUCCGGGAUUUCACGAAGACGCCGCCAGUUGGUUGGUCACUCGGAGACGUGUGAGUAUCGUCGGGGUGGACACGCCGUCUGUCGACCACGGCCAGUCGAUUGAGUUCCUCGUGCACCAGGUGUUGGGACAACACAACGUCCCAGACCUGGAGAAUGUAGCCAAUCUUCGACAGCUCCCCGCCAAAGGUUUCACGGUCUUCGUCGGCGUCAUCAAACUGGUGGGAGGAAGCGGCGGACCUGCGCGUAUCUUGGCCGUUGUGGACGACGACUCGGAACCCAGUCGAGGAUACGUCUGUCUCGGCGUUCCCGCACUUCUGAUUGCAGAGUUGCUUUUCCACAUUGUUCACCACAACCUGUUUUGAUUCUUGAAGCUCCUACAUUAUGCAGUGGUCGCUAUGAAUAAACUGUAAACUUUAGACUACGUAAAUAAUCAGUACCAAGUGUAACCAGCCAAUGUUUCGCAAAUGCUAGGCUCAGACUGUCAACUGUUAAGACGAAGUUGGUAAACUCGAAGGUUGUACGUUGCAAUUUCCACAACCCCUUUGACUUGCGCUCAAUGUCCUAAUUCAGCAAACUCUUCCAACUUUGCGAUCUCGCAGUGCAAUGCUAAAUGACUUGCAAAGAGGAUGCUUUGAUGUCUAGCAGAGCCUAAGAGGGCUUUGUGAAUUAUGCCCCUGUUUAACAACUAAUACGACGAGAAUUGAGUUGUACGAACGCUCAGACUAGCAACUGCAUGAGAGCAGAAAGUUGAUCAUACCUAAUUUUGUUCUGCAGAUUUUAUAUUUUUAAUUUAACGUUUUGACAAAAUAAAAGACUAUUAUCAUUA